AUGUCGACAAAUAAAGUGGGGAGAGCUGAAUCUGACACAUUCCUGCAAGUAACAGCACCGCCACGAAUAAUAACUCCAGCAGAUGAGCUGAAAGUAAUCCAAGGGCAGGGACAAACAAUCCGAUGUGAAGUAAGUGGAACGCCACCUCCAAAAGUGGUUUGGCUCAAGAAUGGGCAACGUUUUGAUGCUGCCAUGACACAGUCGUCCGGCAAUCUACAUUAUAUCCAUCUAAGGUUUGUUAAUCGUCAUCGCGUCAGAACUAUCCGCAAAAACUAUUAUUACCCUUUUGGCUGGCUCGAAAAAUAA